CAACAAGACGGCGGCGGCGACGACGACGACGACGACACCAACAUAACAUCCAGAGAGGCAUCGACAAAACUGGCUGUUAUUUAUAUAAAUAUAUAUAGAAAACCAUAACACAAUGGCGUAUGACUUAAAAAAGGAGUCCGACGUUAAGGAAUAUGUGGAAAAGCUGGGCGUUGAGUAUCGCUUUGGCUGCUAUUCCGAAAAGAAGCCGGAAGUUUGCCAUCUACUCGGCGACUAUUUGGAGGGAAUUAAGAAGGACUUCGAGAAGGCGUCCAAAGUAUACAAAUCGACAUGUGACGAUUAUGGCUACGCCAAGUCUUGCUACAAAUAUGGUAACUAUAGCUUCCUGGGCAAAGGUAAAAGCGGCAGCAAAGGUGAGCCACGCGUCGCCUAUCAAUAUUAUGAGAAGGGCUGCAACCUAAACGAUUCGGAUGCCUGUCUACACUCCGGCCUGCUGCUCGUCUCACGUUCCAUGCCCAAAGAAAUUGACCGCAAUGUGCCUAAAGGUUUGCAGUUUCUUACAAAGAGCUGUGACAUGAACAAUGCCAACGCCUGCUUUUAUUUAUCCGGCAUGCACAUUUCGGGCGUGCAGAAGAAGCCGGAAGAUGUGCCAGCCGCGGCACAGGCUAAAACGCUUAAGGACACCGACUACAUUGUGCUCAAGGACAUGAAGAAGGCAUUUCAGUUCGCCUACAAGGCAUGCGAAUUGCGUAACAUGUAUGCAUGCGCAAAUCUUAGCCAGAUGUAUGCCCGCGGCGACGGCAUCGACAAGAACGAGAAGGAGGCGGAGAAAUACAAGAAGCUGGCGCUCGAGAUGCAGGAGGAGGAGAAGAAGCAACAGGAGACGCUCAGCUUUCAGCAGGGCGUCGGCAUGCCAAACUGAUUUAGCCUAUCUAUG